AAGAAUAACAGAAUUUUCAUACGUUAACCAAAAGUUAAAAGCCAAGGUAAAAACAACAUAUAUAUACAAAUAUAUAUAAAUAUAUAACCUUUAGCUCAAACACAGGUUGUAUUACUUGAUCCCAAUUGUCCAUCUCCAUCUCCGAAGGAAAAUCUUCAGUCUCCCAACCACUAAAAAUAUAAACUCACAUCAUACAUUACUCAGUGAUACACAGUCUUUAUUACUUGUUAAUUACCUCACAAUAAUUUAAGUGUAAUGACAAUUAAUUUUAUAAAUUAAAUGAUGACUGACAAAAAGUCUGAUGACUAAUUUGUAAAUUUCCUGACCGACUGCUCAAGGUACUGAGUGAUAUAUUGUUUAAAUAUAUAAAUAUAUAUUUAUAUAUAAUAAAUAAUGGCGAAUAAUAGUGAGGUCUGGGUUCAAUGGUUCACUUGUUGUCUGACUCAGAGAGGAACUGGAUCGAGAAAUCAGAACCAGAGUCAGAGUCAGAAUGGAGCCAAGGGAAGACAAAGACAGAGAUUGAGGAUUGACAGGAGUAUGAUUGGAGCUCCGAUGAAUUUUCAACACACGGGUCAUAUAGGAAGUGGUGAUCUAGACAUGGAGAGCGCGCAUUUGUCGGUGAUACAGCAUCAGAUGCAAGGCAAGGGUGGAUAUGAAGCAUCUUUUGGUGUCAAGGCAUGCUGAGACCUGCAGUAUUCAAACUCUAAUCUCAAAAAAAAAAUCUACACAAUUGUGUAAAUAAAAAAAAAAUUAACAAACUUUUAAAAACUUACGUAAGUCGAGACUGUUUUUCCAUCGUCAUUAAUAUUAAUUAUCAUAAUUAAAAUAAUAACAGCAUCUCAGUACCUCAAAGUUAAAUAUUUAACUGAUAACAUGCAUAAUUAAUUCCGAUAAUUAUUAUAAUUUAUUAAAUUACAAAAAAAAAAACAAAAACGUCCGUAAUUUCGCUCAACUUAAAUUUUUAAAAAUUACCGCCAAAUUUUUAUAAAUAAUAAUUGCUUGUGCCUUCCUUAAUUAGAACACA